GUAUAUAUAGGACUAUGCGUAUGCCUGUCCAUACGCUGUGGACAAGACAAAAUGAAGAAUAUGAACAACCCUUACAGUUUGUCUGAAGUUAAAAUUGUAAACGCUUCGAAUGCUUUCAAAAAGAAGAGAUAUGUAACUAUAAGUAUAAUAUUUUCAGCAUUAAUUAUAUUAAUCCAGACAAUGCCGAUGGUUGCUGUGACUCAGGAACAAAUUCAAAUUCAAAUUCAAUAUCAAAAACAAUCUCAAACUUUAAAAGAAGAAUUUGGGGAUCCUUGUGAAAACUUUUACGAAUUUUCAUGCGGAAAAUUUGCCUCAUCAAAAAAGAAUUUGAUACAUACAUCAUACAUAAUGGACAAUAUGGAAGACUUCAAUGAUAAACUAAUCGAAAUCAUAAAUGAGACCAGGAAAUCUGAAAAUUUAACGGAAGCACUAAAAAAUUUUUUCAUUUAUUACAACAGUAGUGAAAAUUACGAACUUAAUGAAACCAACAGGAAUGAGUGGAAGAAGAAUUAUUUUAAUAAAAACUUGGGAGGAUGUCCACUCCUCGAUGAAAAUUGGAACGAAUCUACUUAUAAUUUAGAAGAAUAUUUCGCAAAAUUUAUUAAAUUAUCUAUUUUUCCUUUUAUUUCGGUUCAACCAGACAAUAGAAACACAGAAAGAAAUAUAAUUACUAUUUUGGCUCCAGAUAUUGAAAGUCAAAUUAAAACAAAUUAUUUCGAUUCUAAUAAAUGGAUAAAUACUAGAUCUUUGGUAACAUAUUAUCACGUAAGCAACGAAGAACCUGAUUUUAUGACCAUUGAGGAAUUACAGGAAUUUAUUCCAGAAAUUAAUUGGAAGAAGUUAUUCGAUUACAUUUUUGAGGAUAUCCAUUUACCUGAAAAAUCAAAUAUAACAUCUCAGACAGAAAUUAUGAUAUGGGGGAAAAAAAUUAAAUUAUUAGAGCUUUUCGAGAUGAAUAAGACGGAAAGUUUUGAAAGUGUUUUAGCCAAUUUUUUCUGCACAUCUUUCUCUGUAUCGUUUCCUAAUGAGAUUGAUAAGACAUUGUUUUUGGAUAUUCUGUCACGAUAUACUAAUUUCCUGGAUUAUAUAUAUUAUCAACACGUAAAAUAUAAUAAAAAAAAUAAUCUUCUUGAAGAAAUUACCGAAUAUAUUCAUGAAUUUAUGUCAAAUUCAUUGAGCAAUAAAACUUGGUUGGAUGACGAGACGAAAAUUCAAAUCAACGAAAAAAUUAAAGAAAUGAUAAUAACAACAGACUUUCCCGAAUUUGUUAAAAACGAAGACUUAUUUAUGGAAUUUUAUAAAGAUUUUCCAAAUAUGAAUUCAAAUUUUGAUGAAAAUUUUUUAAAUAUGAAAAAGUUUAUGCUUAAAAAACAGCUUGAAACUCUCUGGAAAAAGAAUGAUAGGAAACAAUGGAAUGCGAAUAGCGAUGUUUCAACAAUGUAUUAUUCUGCACUCUAUCAUCCACUAUUAAAUAAAGUUGUUAUGACUCAAUUUUUUCAAAGUAAAUCCAUGUUUAAUGUUAAUUUCCCUAUUUAUACGAAUUUCGCCCGGUAUGGUAGUGCUUUAGCACAUGAAAUUACUCAUUCUCUAACUACAAAUGCUAUUCGUAUGGACGGUCAUGGAAAUCUUAAUAUGACAUGGUCAGAGGAAUCACUAAUGGAAUACAAUAAAAGAGUGGAAUGCCUGGUUGAUCAGUAUGGUUCCUAUGAAAUUGGAGGAGAAAGGAUGGAUGGUAAUAGAACAAUAGAUGAAAACAUAGCAGACAAUAGCGGUUUGAGACAUGCAUAUUUUGCAUAUAAAGAGUAUUUAAAGAAAUAUGAAAGUGAAGGAAAGGAUAUUCUUGAAGAUUUCCAAUUGUAUAAUCCGGAUCAAAUGUUCUUCAUAUCAUACGCAACUAUGUGGUGUGAUUCAGAAACGGGAGGCGAAUUAAAAUCUGAUAUGAAUCGUAGUGAACACAGUCCACAGAUAUUCAGGAUCAUUGGAACAGUUUCUAACAUGAAAGAGUUUUCAGAGGCAUUUCAAUGUGGUAACGAUAAACCUAUGAAUCCGGUUGACAAAUGUAUUUUAUGGUAG